AUGCAAAUUAUACUGGAAACAAAUAGCCUUUGGGAAGCAAUUGAACCGCAAUCGUCAACAAAACCCGAUGAGAAAAGAGAUAAGACCGCUAUUGCGUAUCUCUAUCAAUUGCUACCAGAAGAUCAACUGCUUCUCAUCUCAAAAUACAAAACUGCAAAGGCAGUUUGGGAUGCAUUGAAAACAAGACACGUUGGUGUCAGGAGUGUCCAAAAGGCAAGAUUACAUACUCUCAAGACGGAAUUUGAGAUGUUACAGAUGAAAGAAAAUGAAUCGAUUGAUUUAUUCACUUCAAAAUUAACGGGUAUUAUGAAUAAAGCAGCAAGCUUGGGACAGACAUAUGAAGAUUCCAUCCUUGUAUGGAAGUUACUGAAUGUCGUACCCGAUCGGUUUCUCCAUAUUGUCGCAUCCAUUGAACAAUACUCAGAUCUACAUACUAUGUCUCUAGACGAAGCAAUCGGGAGACUGAAGACUUUUGAAGAAAGAUUAAAAUUUAAGAAGGAAAGAAGCGUGGACACUCAAGAAGGAUUGAUGUUCACACGACAUGAACACCGAGGCCAACCUUUCAGAGGACGUGGUCGUGGCAGAUUUAAUCAAUCACAAGGCCGAGGAUAUAACAAAUUCAGUUCAGAAAGGAAGAACUGUGAACCCUCACAAAAUAGUUUCAAGAAAGAAACUAUCAGUAAUACAAAGAAGUUUACUCCUGAUAAGAGUAAAGUAAAUUGCUUCAAGUGCAAGAAGCAUGGACAUUAUGCAACAAAAUGUCCAGAAAAGGAUCAAGAACCGGAACACUCUAAUCUUAUUGAAGAAGACUUAAAACCAACACUACUCAUGGCGACUAUUGAAGAACAUAAGAAAGUUCUCUUGAAUGAAAGAAAUCUCGAAGUAAGCAAGAUAACUUCAAGUGGCAAAAGCUUAUGGUACUUAGACAAUGGAGCAAGUAACCAUAUGACUGGAGUCAAAGAUCAUUCAAUGAGAUUGACGAGAAGAUUACCGGGAACGUAA